AUGGCCACCUCCACUCCCGCCAAGAGCGCUACCGUAUCUAUGGCCCCAGCUGUAGCUUAUACGAAGCCGUCGCCCUCGGCAUCCGUGCCUUUCUCAGCGGCGACUACUGCUGCGUCCAAGCCAGUUUCCGCCCCAGUCUCUAGUGACAUGUCCGCGGAGACUGGUGACAAUCCAUCGGCCCUCAGUGGCACAGCUACAAGUCGCUUGCCAGCGGCCGCUCCCACCCACGGCUCGUCGGCUACGGCUCGAGGUUCUCCCACGGCACUCCAACUUCCUGAUGGCCGUGAUUACAUUCAUUCCAACCUGGGUAACUGGGAAGAGUUGCCGAUCCCAGCCGGUUACGACGGCGGCAGGACCACUACGAAGCGCGCCGGCUCCAUGGUCAACUCUGUCGGCAAAGACCCUCGCGCCUUUCUUGCUCCUCCCACCAAUGGGUCUUGGUCGUCCAAGCGUCCAUCGGCCCAGGAAGUUCAGAAGAACGGCCUGGAUAACUGGCGAUGGAAGGAAACGAAAGGGGAGAAAGCCGAGAGGCUUCUGUUGCAAGGCAAGGCACAGGCUCAAGAGCGGACUGCAGCACGGAAAGCCUCAGUGUCCAGGAUGACGCUUGAUGAAAUUGUUGAGAAGUUCGCUCCACGCCCGCGUCAACCAGCAGUAGCCAGCGUACCGCAACACGCCAAAGCACAGCAGACCUCUCGCGGCCUACCCCAGCCGAUGCCCUCGGAUUACCGCCGCCACAAGGGGCAAGGGUUUGUGGAUCGUUAUAGGCCUGAAGCCAACAGUUACCGUCGCCCUGCCGCGGACUGCUAUCGGCCUUCCUAUGCGCGUUCCACCGCGUCAUCGAGGGCUCAUGAGAUUUGCUCACCGGUGACAGCAGAGGCGGACACAAGGCUCUCGCGUCUAGCUUCUCGUGGACCGGAGCAUGUACCAGUGAAGAACCGGCCGCCAACGCGAGAAUCUUCAUCCUCUGGUAUCAGGUCCGCAAACUUUACGACCGGUCCAUACCUUUCCCCCACAUCCAGAGAAGGCUCUAUCAAGUCGCCGGCCCCUGUACCAACGCCAACUCGGCCCUCUCCCGCGCAAUCUGAUGCCGUCAAGUCCGCCAAUACUAGCGCGAAGGGAGAGGCGGACCGGAUCAAACCGAAGGAGGCAGAUUUGAGAACCUCCAAUGCAUCCACGAAGGCGUCCGCGCGUCAGACACAAUUGACGGCUGCAAAUUUCCUAGACAAUGAGCUGACAAUGCUUCCACCGUCCUUGCAGGCCAAAUUGGCUAACCCGACGCUGCCGCCGCCGUCAGCUCUGCGACAUAAACGCCCUCGAGCCGCGGAUGAGGCUGAGGAAAAUGAGUUCGCAAAGCCGACCAUCUCCAAGAAGCCGAAGAUUUCAGUCCCCUCGGCGGGUGCAAGGGCUGCCACGAAGAAAAAAGUUCCCACGGUGAAGAACGUUGCGACAAAGAAGGCUGUUGCCACCAGAAAGGCCGUCGCGACGAAGAAGGCUGGCGUUGAGAAACCUGCAUGCCAGCGGCGACCGGACCAUGCGGGUAUGAAGCGCAAGCGCGCCCGUGACGGUGACGAUGCGUUUGAUAGCAAGAAAGUGGGCAAAAAUUGCAAGCGGCAGAAGACACCGCUGGCAGAUAGCUCUGGAGAGUCAGACUGUGAAUCCGACGUGGACGACUUCAUUGUUCACGACACACCCCAGGUAACGCGGAGGAGAAAGAAGAGUGGUGGAGCGGCCAGGAAGUUCGUCAAGGGCUAGAAGCCUCUUCCUCUCGCACAAUCAGCUUCCAAACCCUGGCAAUCUCGAAUGUCCUGACUCACACUGACCCCCACCGUUGCACGCACUUAGCUGGACCUCGGGACGCACUUGACGUUCGCUCGUGAUGUUCUUUCCUGGUACUCCUCCCUGAUCGAAGUUUCGCUGGUAGGCCGAACUGGUUUCCAACAACCAUUCUGUGUUUCUUUCGCAUUUCUCAGCAUUUCCUUUACACUUUUCGAGGGACAAGCGAUUCUGGCCUUAUCCAUCUUAUUGCAAGCGUUAUUUCAGGUUCUUGUUUUCUCACGGUUCAGUGUUUGUCAAUGCUUCUGACGAUGCGCCAUCAAUCGCGCAAGGUCAUCUUCAAGGGGGGGUUGCGUCAUAUCUGUUUUGGUCUCUAGUUUCGACGAGCUCGAUACCCCAUCUUUCUUGUAUACUUCUCAUCUGCUGGUCUGCCCUCUUUCCACAGGUUCAUAGAAUGGUC